AUGCAGCAGAAGCCGAUAUUCAACAAACGACUGUACAAAGCCCAUGCUGGAAUAACGAUAUCAAAACAAGCAAGUGAUAUUUUACAUCGCAGCCCAAACCAACCUCGAAGCGAAGCCGAUCUACGCGCAAUACGCUCCGUUGUCGCCGGUUUAAGGGAAAUCCACAAGAACUUCGAAUUUGUGAAAACAGCUUUAGGACACGCUGUUACUUACGAAAAACACGACAGUGAUGUACGAAUUGAAAAGAAAAGAAGUGAGACUCAGAUGUCUUGUUACUAUAUACUUAGUGGUUCCGUGGAAGCCUUUUAUAUUGUCAGGAAUAGUAGAACUCCACUUCAUGUAACCGAAGAACGAAGCAUAUCGUACACUAAUGUAGCAGGAGACUACAUGGGGCUCCUGUCAGCCGAUGGCCCAAAUUUCGAUCUGCCACCUCCCGAGUCUAUGAAUACGAUAGGAAAUUGUGAAUUUCUAAGAAUCGAUAGAGCUGUUUUCCAUGAAAAGAUCCAAGAGGCACAAAAGUUGUUUCGAGAUGAGAUAGUGAGGUUUUUGGACGGGAAUGCUCUGUUUGGAAAGAUCACCGAAGAAGAUAGACAGAAGCUCGUAUCGCAAAUGGUUAAACAGGUUGGAGAAAUAAUAAAAGAAGAUGCAUACUGCAUUAUUUAUACUGGAUAGCUCUAUGAUUUUUAAACUCUUCUCCCUAGAGGUCCAGUUAAGCCAUUUCAUAAUGAUUUAGUGUUAUAACAUGCAGGAUUCCAGAAUUCCCAGAGAUGUUUGAUUAUUUGAUUCAAUGACUCAAUCUUUAGAUCCAUGGCCAGUGAUUCAUGCAUACGGUAAAAUGAUUCCUUCUUAAGAUUCAGGGAUUCAGGGAGGUAUCAGUGAUCUUAUCUUAGGAUUGAAUAAUUCAUUCUUAAGGUUUGAAUAUUCAUUCUUAGCAUCUCAUUCUUAGGAUUCAGCAAUUCAAUCUUAUAAUAGUUAACUCAGAAUAUGCAUGAUUAUUUUUUAUAUUAUAGGAAUUUCCUGCAGGAAAACAGAUUUUAUCUCAAGGACAGAAACAAGAACAUGCAUUUUUCAUUGCAGAAGGUAUAUUAAAAGUACUAUGUAAAUAUCAGAACACAUAAUAUUAAAAUACAAUUUACAUUAAAAACUUAGUGUUUAAAAAACAGAACUAGUGUCUUAUAUUACUUUCAUGAACUCCAAAAUUCUAACAAUACAUACAAUUGUACUUUCAGGGCGAUGUGUAUAUUACAGACGAUUAUAUCUUCCUGAACAAAACCGAAGUGAACUUUUCAAAAUGGGUCACAUCGAAAAAGGUAAUUGAUCUGAAACUUUUAACUACAAUUAUUUGUCCAUAUAUAUUAAAACAUAAAUGAAGAUUUAUGAUAUUCACAUAUUUAUAUGUCUAUUAUAUAGGUUCGUAUUUUGACGCAUCGUGUAUCAUUGAUGACCAAAGUAGUAAGUUUUCAGUGAGCGCUGUAGGACCUGUCACGUGUUAUUUAUUGAACAAGUAAGUCUUGAAUAAAAUUUAGACAAAGUGAAUAAAUACAUCAUAUAACAGAGUAUGGAUGGACACAGUGUAUUAUAGCCAAUAUAUACUUGAAAAACGUGGCACAGCUUACCUAGAGAAAUACUCUGGCAAUUGGAUACUGGAAUGAUUAUAAUAAAUGAAAUAAUGGAACAUUAAAUGAAUAGACAAUGUUAUAUAGAAUGAUGGAUGAAAAUAGACUAUAUACAUGAUACACGAAUAGACUAUAAAUGAUAGAUGAAUAGACUAUAGAUGAUAAAUGAAUAGACUAUAGAUGAUAGAUGAAUAGAUUAUAGAUGAAAGAUGAAUAGACUAUAGAGGAUAGAUUAAACUAUAGAUGAUAGAUGAAUAGACUAUAAAUGAUAUAUGAAUAGACUAUAGAAGAUAGAUGAAUAGACUAUAGAUGAUAGAUUAAUUGACUAUUGAUGACAGAUGAAUAGACUAUAGACUAUAGACUAUAAAGAUGAUAGAUGAAUAGACUAUAGAUAAUAGAUGAAUACACUAAGAUGAAUAGACUAUUGAUGAUAGAUGAAUAGACUAUUGAUGAUAGAUGAAUAGACAAUAUAUGAUAGAUGAAUGGACAAUAUAGACAAAAGAUAGAUCAUGUACUAUGUCAUUUCAUGGUAUACGUGAAUAAUACACAAGUACAAAUGAAUAAGGUUUGUUCUUGCAUUAAACAGAUGGACAAUAAAGAACAGUGAAAGUUUACUACGUGCUUUGAGCACCAACAGACCGUCAUUUCCAACGGAUAAAGAGAUUGAAUUGCUUAUAAAAGAAAGUGAUCAAUGGCAGAGUUAUAAACGAGAUACUGUGUGCGAUGCUUUCGUCUUAAAACAUAAAACGACAUCAAGAAUAAUCCCUCAGAAUGACAUACCAAGAACAUUGGACAUAGCUAUAAAACACGGAUCACUACUAAGGUAUAUCAAAUGAAUACAACAUAUAAAAGUUUUGAAUUAACUGCAUGGCAUCAGUUGUAGUUUGUUGCGCAUCUAGUGGUAAUAUAUACGACACGUUUCAUAGAGGACUAAUUUGAAUAUAGGUAUAAUUUUCCUUGAUAUACCUUUCCCUGCUUCCCACGUCAAUUUUUCACUUAUUUAUUUUAUUUUGAUUCGAAUGGUUAAAAGGUAAACUAUUUUAAAUUAAAUAUGAUGACAGAGUCUCUCAUGAGAAUAAUCCCAAUUCAAAUACAGUAUGUUGAUGGGCGGGCGGCACACAUGACCGACACAACUCGGCACCAGGGCUGGCAGAGCACCCCCCCCCCCAACUCUGGUAGAGGGGGGCCUCUACCAGAUCAUAUUGGAUCCAUACCUGAAUAUUUAAAUCAUAGCGCUAUCCACUGGUUAGUGAUUUUUUGAACGGUUGUAAAAAUGCUCCAAAAGCUAUGAAACUACGGAUACAUAUAUGGACGUCACAAUUAUUAAAAAUAGAUUUUAAUUUAUAAAUUAUAAAGUUUAAUCUGGGUUAUGCCAAAAAACCAUAGAUAUCUAUAUACACUAGAUAGUGCAUCUAAUUAUUCUGCAAUUCAAAAAUUGAAGCCGUGAUUGCAGUCUCAGGUCGUUCCCAUGAAAUGAGAAGAUUCGUAUCGGUUUUCUAUUUCUUAAACAGGGAACUUAAACAUUAAGUUUACCGUAUUCCAAAUACUUUUUAAGCUAUUCAAAUGAUGAAAAUGAUUGGUGUUUUUAAGCGUGUAUUAGCAAGUGGGAACGACCAACAUGGCCGCCAUCUAUUCAAAUGGGGGUAACCGCCGGAAUAUUCUUGGCUUCAAUUUUACUAAAAGAGAUGCGCUAUCUAGUGUAUAUAAGAUAUCUAUGCAAAAAACUGACACUUUUAGAAAGCUGAAACAAUCACAGUUCGGUGGUGGAUAGCGCUAUCACGCCUUCGUACAACCGGUCCCUGAAAUAGUGGUUCUUGCCAGAAAAUAACAGCAUGUUAUCCUACCUUAUCUAGGCAGCAACGACGAAAGGAGAUGAUUACCUCCCCAACAGAUGACCUGGAUCCAAGUCGGUGCAAAUCCGGGCAGUCUUCAUUACAAAACGACGAAGUGACGGAGGGAACGAACACUACAUCUGUCUUGAAAGCAGUCAUGUUAAUGAAACGACGUUCUCGCGGUUCUAUACAAAUGGACAGAAAAUUCGAUGAAUUGGAAUCAAAUACAAAUUCAGAUCAAAAGAAUGAAAAUAAAUUGCAUUUAAGUUUAAAGAGAGGUGUGAAAUCUGCCCCAAACUUGAAACAUCGAGGAUCGAACUAUAAAGUCGGUCGAAAACCAAGUAUAAUAGGACUGGAGAAAAAUAAACAAAACCACCAAAGCAAUAAAAACGGCAAAUCAAAAUUCGUCAACCAUAGAAAUAAAAGUUUUUUAAGAAGUAUAUCUUCUCAACUGUCAUCUCCAAACGAAAAAAAUCGCAGAAGUAAUACGAAGGAGCCUAAGACGGAACCUUAUAAGACUCCACAGUCAAUGGUCGCUGGUUCAGAUUUGAUCCGAACCUCUCCAGGAACUUCAUCUAAGAAAACUAAAACGCCACAACUGGAGAUACCAACACAAGGCCGUCCGUGCUCGUCCCCAACUCCCUACGCGCGCGAAGAAGAAAAUAAACACAGAUCCGAGCUUGAUGAUCGUUGGGUGGCCGGCGAUAAGAAAUUCAAAGUCAAGCAGAUUGUGAAUACACGAAUACCAGGCAAAGAGAACCCGGUGGAAGUCUAUCAGAGGUUUGAACCGAGUAUGUUUUCGUAUAUUGAUACCGUGAAUAAUUUUGAGAGGGAAAAGGCGGUUGAUCCAUUUGGGGCUAAACUGAAGGCCAGGGCUUGGCUUAGGCAGGCCAAAGAGAAGUUGGCAGCAGGGGGCGGCGACUAUAAUCCUGGCCAAAGUCCGAUCAUUGUUAUCGAGGAGUUUUGUGCAGGGGUGGAAGUAUGGAAUGGGAAGUCACAAUAUCAAAAGAAAGAGAACGCCAUGGGCAGCCAAGGAAGUUUGGAAAUUUUACUGGAAGACAGUGAUAAGGAAAAUAUCGCGGAACAAGAGACAAAAGUUGAGUAAGUAACUGAAUCAUGCCUAAUUUUAUGAAAUUCUUUAUCACCGCACGUUCCUCAGUAGGGAGCUUUAGAUUUGACUACGAGUACGACUACGAGUACGAAAUUUGAUCGCGUGCGAGGAAGUCACUGUAGUCGUUCUCGUUUCCAUUCAAAUGUUGCUUUUAUAACAGUAAAUCAACAACGAGAGAAAAAGUUUCAUAAACUAAAUCUCCCGCUGACUAAAAUCCCCUACAAAACGUGCAAAUAAGUCAUAACAUUAAAAACAGGCCAGAUAUUUAGUACUAAUAUACUAUUUGCGCCGGAUAAACGCUAUAUAAAUGCUACAAAUUAUUUUUGGAAAACAAAAAAAGCAAACUUUCUUUGUUUUUUUUUGAAAAGUCGUCGUGAGGACUACGAGGUUUCUCCACAAUUUCGUACUCAGAUGGGCGACGGAUACGACUUUUUAGCGUCAGUACGGGAUGGCGUAAGCAUACAGCAUGCGUUUAGCUUGACGAAUCUCGUACUCGUAGUCGUACUUGUAGUCAAAUCUAAAGCUCCCUAGUAUCGGCCCGGAGGUUACUGGGUACCCUUGGGUAACCCUAGGUGAAUUUUACAGACAACACCAUUUAGAUUGACUGAAAAUACAACCAUGCUUGGCCACUGAAAGAAAUCCAUAUAGCAAGAAUGUUUUAACGACAUCCGUUUUUUCAUAAACAAUAGAAAAUAGUCUGCACCUGAAUUAUAGAAAACGGUGGAUUUCAUUCCACAGAAUUCUUUGAAAAACACUCGAAUAUUGUUAUUAUAAGUAAUAGCAUGGCAUUCAGGUCGAUUAGUGAUCAGGUCGAUCAAGGCUUCAGGGACAUUUUAUCACUAAUCGACCGUAAUGUAAUGUAAUGUAAUGCAAUGCUAUCACUUUGCAAUAUCAUAGCUAUACCGAGACAAUAAAACGGUUUCAUUCGAUUGAAUAAGUUGAAAUGAAAAGGCGCGUUUGCUUUUUAACAAGGUUACGGUUGAUUUUUCAUGUGUGUUAAAUAUUUAAUUGAACAUCAAUAUACUAUGAAGAUGAGGGAUUAUGGUAACCAAUCGUCCCAUGGGAUGAUUAGUUUCUAAUCGUCCCUCAUGUUUUAGCAAUGAGGUAAUUUAGUCAUUAAUCACAUCUCGCGAGACAAAAAGUUUCGAGGUAGCAAUGAUAUUAUUUACAUUAAUUUAAUUGAUUAAAAGUUACCACGACAAAUGUUUUCACUGCACAAUUUAUUGUUUAUCACUGCACACUUUCAUUUUAUCACUGCACACUAAAAUUAGGUAUGAAUUAAAUGAACUUCGUUUAAGUAAUAGUCUUAGUCACGUUUAAAGGGAACUGGGACAAAUUCUAAGCGCCUGAAAUUAAAGAAUGACCAAAAAAUAGCAUCGACUGUUUCAUCUGAUAGAUGAUAAAAUAACGUGUGCUUGACGUAAAUGGACCUAUUUCCUAAUGAACAAAAUUUUGAACUCGACAAGUCUAGACAAAAAUUUCAUCACAGCUUGAAAGAGCAUCACAAAAUUAUUAAUAUUCCAACGUUUCCUUGCGAAAUGUUGUAAAAUGCGGAUAAUAUAGCCUUGCGAAAUUUGCCGUUUUUCACGGUCAUUUUGUAUUACACACGGGAAAUUGAUACCUUCAUACCUUUUUUCAGAAAGCUUGUCUAGAUCAAAAUUUUGUUCAUUAGGGAAUAGGUCUAUUUAAUUAAACCAUAACAAUUUCUUAAGGUGGACAACGCCAGUACAUGAAACACGUUUCGAGGCUGAACGUUGCAUAGAGCGAGCCAAGACUGACAUCGCGAUAUUGGAAGGAAAAUUGGUCAGACUUGGUUGGACACGUGACAUGUUGAAUGAAAAGGAGAGGAAAAGAAAUGAACGCAGAAUAAGAAGUUUAAGAAGUAGUAAUGAGGAGAUAAAGGAGGAGGAUAUUGAACAGGAUGAACCUGAAAUGGCGCAUGAAAAACAGGUAAAUAUGGAGGUUAGUUUUGAGAAAUUCUAAUUAGGCUCGUAGCUUGUUGUGAGUCAAUCGAGUCGUUCAUGUCAAAAAAAAUUCAAAGAAAAAACAUACUGAUACAGGUUUUCAGGUUUUCUAAGCCCUAGAAAAUCAAAAGGUUCUGGGGGGGCAUGUCACCUAGACCCCCCUCCCUCCGCUAAAAGUUUCUGGCGCGGCUUCAGCCGCUCGACUCGGUAACCCUAAAAUCCAAGUUACGAGCCAGAUAUGUAGUAGAAUAAAAAGUAUCUGGCGUGAUUAAAAAAAUUAUUGAUUAAUUAAUUCAUUAAUUCGUUCAUUCAUCGAUCGAUUCAUUGAAGGCUUUAAUUAUUGAUUAAUUAAUGGAAUUAGAAAUAAUUUAGGAAGGCGUAUCGAUGAUCUGUACUGGUCAACACUGAAAAAGCAAAGGUUCCAAGUUCAAUGUGCCUUAAAUUAACAAUAGAAUUCUGUAUUUUUUAGGCAGAUAGAAAACACAGGACUUUAAAACGUCAGGACUCCAUUCAAAAGAUACUAGAGGACCAUUCAAGAAGAUUUUACAGAAGACAUCGAAGUUACUCUGACGAAAAACCAGAUGUAAGUUUGCUCAAACUGAUGAAGUGCUUAACAUGCACCCUGUAUAAUAUUCGAUUUGCUUUACAAAUCGCUCAAUAAUAUCGACGUUGUUGUGCUUACAGGUGAAUAGGAGGCCAAUUUUGAUGAAACGUUAUUCCACUGGUUCUACUGGCAGCUCAGGUUCAAGUCGACCAAAAGCUCUGACAACAAGAACAUUCACAAUAUCUUAGAAAACUAUUAAAGUGAAUAAUUAUAAAAGGAA